CAACCGGAAGAAGGUGAAAAGUAGGCUAUGGUGAGCUUGUUUUCAUAUCUUUUGUGAAGACGAGUUUAUUAUCUCCAACUUAGUAUUGACUGUUUCUAUUGGCAUUCCCAACUCCCAAUACUACGACAUAGACUUGUCCAGACAAAACAAUGGCUUACAGGAGAGACAGAAACAUGAGGGAUGUCUACGAUGAACGCUUCCUACCAGACAGACCGGCCCCAUAUCCCAGAUCAGCUGGAGCAGUGCCUGUAGAGAGGAGGCUGGCUGGUUUCGGAAGGCCAGACGAGGAGUACAAUCGAGGGUUUGAGUAUGACGGGCCUCGCUUUUAUCCAAAUGGAGGCCCUCGAGGUUACCAUGGCGAGGAUCAAAGAGGCUACCAUGGCGACAGCCUUCAUUUUCCUAAUGAGCGCAGAGGUAUCCCACCUUCCCGGAGACCGGAGGAGUCGUACCCCUACCCUUCUAGACCUCCUCCUAGAGAGGACCCCCAUACAGCACGCCAGAUGGAGUUCAGAAGCAGUGGCCGUGCAGCACCCCCUCCCCCCAGCGUCAGGGCUCAGGGGAUGUACCCUGCACCCCGCUCCAUGUCUGCUGUGGUCCCAGAGGGGGGUGAUGACACCCUGAUGCAGGCCAUCCUAAACCUGGACAGAGGAAGGAAAGGCCCCUUACCUCCCCUGAGAGCAGACGUCCCUCCCUCCCCCCACAGCCGGUCCGGCUCCACCGUCAGUAGCAAGAGCUACUCUCCUGACAGAGCCAAGGGUCUCCCCCACCCCGCCCAGCAGAAAAACAAAGACAGGCCCCCUGGUCAUUCUCAGGACGGGUCACCUCAGAGCAUAGCGUCCACUAAGGCUGAGAUCACCCUCUAG